AUGGCUAAAAACCUCUCAAACUUGAUGGAAGACAUGAAUAUAGACCUCAAAGAGCCCGAUGAACUCCAAUUAAGUGGAUUAAGAAAACAGAAGACUGGGCUGGGGGCGGCGGCCGCCAGGAGGAGCCUCCCGGACUCGGCUUCUCCCGCGGGCUCUCCUGAGGUUCCCGGAUCCUGCAGCUCCUCCGCGGGUUUGGACUUGAAGGACAGUGGUUUGAAGAGUCCUGCUGCCGCCGAGGCGCCUCUGAGAGGGCAGUACAAGGUGACCGCCUCCCCGGAGACAGCCGUGGCCGGAGUGGGUCAUGAGUUGGGUACCGCUGGAGACGCGGGAGCCCGCCCGGAUCUCGCCGGCACCUGCCAAGCUGAGCUGACCGCCGCCGGCUCCGAAGAGCCCAGCAGCGCCGGCGGCCUCAGCAGCAGUUGCAGCGACCCGAGCCCUCCUGGGGAAUCUCCGAGCCUGGACUCUCUGGAGUCGUUCUCUAACCUGCAUUCUUUUCCCAGUAGCUGUGAGUUCAAUAGUGAGGAGGGAGCGGAGAACAGGGUCCCUGAGGAGGAUGAGGGCGCGGCGGUGUUGCCCGGGGCUGUUCCCCUGUGCAAGGAGGAGGAGGGGGAGGAGACCGCUCAGAUUGAAGAGGCAGGAUCACAUUCUCACUCCUUCUUUGAGGCCAGCAUUACCCUGAUGCUAAAGCCAAACAAGGCACUAUAA